CCUGCGUACAUGCCUCAUGUACUCACCGUGCUCAAGGAGAAGCGUCCGGAUCUCUUUCGCGAGGAACUCCGAGUCACCCCCUUCACCUUUGACCGACUUCUCGCUCGCAUUCACCAUGAUCCGGUCUUCUCCAAUGAGUCGAACAGCGACCAGAUGCCUGUUGCGGAUCAACUGGCGACAACACUCUUCCGCUUCGGCCAUUCAGGGAACGGAGUACGCUUGACGAGGGUUGCUGCAUGGUCCGGGUAUGCGAAGGGCACAAUCCUCCUUGCCACGCGCCGGGUGAUGACUGCAAUCCUGCAAAAGGAGUUCAUGGAAUCUGCAGUGCGUCCAGCGACUGAGGAGGAGAAAGAGGAGGCAAAGAGAUGGGUGGAAGCGCAUUCAUGCCGAGCAUGGCGGAAUGGCUGGUUGAUGGUCGACGGGACCCUGAUACCGCUCUAUACAUGGCCUUUCUGGUACGGCGAGAGUUACUUCGAUCGUAAAUGCAACUACUCUCUCAAUGUCCAG